AUGAUUUCUAGUAACUAGACGAAAUAAUUACUUGAUGUAAUCGAGAAGAACGAAGAUCCUUCAGCAUUUGCAGAUGCUUUAGGACUUUUAGAAAAACUAAUUACCAAUAUUAUAAACAAUCCCAAUGAAGAUAAAUUUAAACACAUAAAGAUGACUGUUAAAACAUUAGCCACACGACUUUUUAAUAUAAGAUAAAUGGCAGAGUUAUUAUAAUCAUUGGGUUUCAUUUAAUAAGAUUAAGAAUUCUAUCUACCCGAUCAAGAAUAUGGAACCUUGUUAGAGAAUUUCAAUACCAUAAAGUGGUAGCAUAUUUUAGCAUAAGGAAGAGUGGAGGGACCCUAAUAGUAUCAAAAGGCUUAGGAAAUAGUGAGACAACAGCAAGAAGUUUAAAGAUAAUAUGAGAAGGAGCAAAGAGAGAAGGAGAAAAUCCAAUAAUAAAUAAAAUACGAUAGACAGGAAAGGAGUUUGGUGAAGGAGAAGGAUUCUAAGGCUAAUGACUUAUAAUUUGGUGCCAAAGUGAAAACUUGUGAAACACUGGAAAACGUGGGUGAGGUUGAGCGAGGCGAAGGUUUAAAUACUUUCGCCUCGCAAUAUAAUGAUAAGGAAAAUAAUCAAUCAGCCAAGAGAUGUAAGAAAUUACUUCUUAAAUGAUCAAAGAGCAUUUAAAUUAAUCGAUGCUUUUUGAGAGAUGGAUUGUGAGUUUUCUUUAUAUAUAUAUAUGCAUGGUGAAG